GUAUGUCGGAACCAGAUGAACGAGUGGUCUAUGUUCAGGAGGUAGCAGAUAUAUCAGAUCUGGAUAUGGACGAGGACGGGUUCACUUGCAGCAAGAGCUCGCUCGUCAGGCGGAUGGGGGACAAUGGGGAGACUAUACUCGAGUCCUCUACGGAGGAGAUGUCUUUUAGUGAGAGCCCCAGGAAAUCCUCCAGCAAGACAGUGAGUGCUGGCUCUGGGGGAGGGUUCAGCUCUGGAGGGUCCAGUCGUGUGAGCUCCUCUUCAGCUGCCAGUAAGACAGGUUCUUCAUCAACUUCAUCAAGUUCUUCCACCUCAGUUGUAACCAAGAUAAGCUCUUCCUCUUCCUCAAUGAGCAGAUCAAGCUCUUCCUCUUCCUCUGUAAGUGAGAGGAGCUCUUCAGGUUCUGCAAUGAGACAGACAAGUUCUUCAGGUCGAGCAUUGAGACAGAUAAGCUCUGAUUCUGUAUUGAGAGAGAUAAGUUCUUCCGUUGAAGCAUUGAGCAAGUUAAACUCUUCCGGAUCUGCAGCAAGACAGAGAACCUCUUCCGAUGAAGAAAUUACAGUAUCUUGCGGUUCCGUACCGUUACUUUAUUCCGAUUCUGUACCGAGACAGAAAAGCUCUCCCAGCUCUGGAACCAAAGAUAUAAGCUCUUCCGGAUCUGCAGCAAGACAUACAACCUCUUUCGAUGAAGAAAUUACAGUAUCUUGCGGUUCCGUACCGUUACUUUAUUCCGAUUCUGUACCGAGACAGAAAAGCUCUCUCAGAUCUGGAACCAAAGAUAUAAGCUCUUCCGGAUCUGCAGCAAGACAUACAACCUCUUCCGAUGAAGAAAUUACAGUAUCUUGCGGUUCCGUAGCGUUGCUUUAUUCCGAUUCUGUAGCGAGACAGAAAAGCUCUCCCAGAUCUGGAACCAAAGAUAUAAGCUCUUCAGAAUCUGCAGUGGGCGAGAUUAUAUCUUCAGUUACCGCAAUAAGCGACAAGUACCGCAAAACGCAAACAAGUUCAUCCGGUGAAGCAGUGAAAGUUACAAAAUCUUCCGGUUCUACCGUGAGACAGACAAGCUCUUCUGAUGCAGCAUUGAGAGAAAUAAGCUCUUCCGUCGAAGCACUGAAGCGAACAAGCUUAUCCGGUGAAGCAGGGAGCAUAACAGUAUCUUCCGGAUCUGUAGCGAGACAGGAAAGCUCUUCCGAUGAAGAAAUUACAGUAUCUUGCGGUUCCGUAGCGUUGCUUUAUUCCGAUUCUGUACCGAGACAGAAAAGCUCUCCCAGAUCUUCAGCCAAAGAUAUAAACUCUUCAGAAUCUGCAGUGGGCGAGAUUAUAUCUUUGGGUGCCGUAAUAAGCGACAAGUACCGCAAGAAGCAGACAAGUUCAUCCGGUGAAGCAAUAAAUGUUACAAAAUCUUCUAGAUCUGAAGCGAGACAAAAAGGCUCUUCUAGUGCAGCAGUGAAUGAAAAUAGUUCCUCCGCUUCUGCAGUAAAAAAGGUAUCUGCAGUUGACGGGAUAAGCUCUUCGGGUCCUGCAAUAAGUAAGACAAGCUCUAAGAUCUCCAGCUCAAGCUCAGGUUCACGCAGUAGCAGUACCAAAGUAUCCAGCUCCAGACGGAUCGGAGAUGGAGAUGGGGAAACUAUAAUCCAGUCAUCACUGGAGCAACUGUCUUUUAAUGGUGUGAUCCCAACUGAUGCCAGAGGCGGCUCUGGAGGGCCGAGUCAUGUGGCGGUAAGCAAGACAGGGUCUGCCUCGAUUGUGAGCAAGUCAAGUUCCAGUUCCAGUUCAAGGUCUAGUUCCCGCAGCUCCAAGAAAGUAUCCAGCUCCAAGGAAGUAACCAGCAGCUCUUCUAGUUCCUCACGGAUGGUGUCCAGCAGCUCGACAACCUCCUCAUCUAUGAAAGUCUCCAGCUCUUCCUCGUACAGUUCAUCUAGUUCAGGUUCCAAGUCAAUAAAGGGUUCCUCUCAGGAGACAAUCAAAGAAUAACUGAUUACUUCAGUACCAUAAUGACAUUAAGCACAGAUAACAGAGUUUUUUUAUCACAAUUAGAAGUAAAAAAUGGGUUGAUAUUUUAUGCUAAGAUUCUAAUUUUUUUUUCAACAAAUUUUCACUGAUUGAUUUGGUCUUAUCAAUUGAUCUUGUCUUUUCAAUUGAUUUGGUCUCAUGUUCAUUAUACCAUUUAAAAUUGCAAGUUUGAAUCCCUCACGUGACUAUAGUGGGAUAUGAA